ACAUCUUCUGUAUCAUUUUUGCCAUGUAAGUUCUAAUGCAUAAAUGUAUAAUUAAUUAAUGUUUAUCCCUCCAAGGUUGAGCAUUAAGACAACACACAGCCAAAUCCAUGUCCAGCCUCUAUGUUUCAUAUGCACGACUUCAAUUGAAGAGUAGAAUUUGCAUGGUUUAACCAUAAGAGCAAACAACCAGGGAACAUAGAGGCUAUGCAUCAAAAGUUCAUACUGAGAUGCAAUGAGGGUUCACCUUAAGCAAAUAUAACACUAGUGUUAUUUUUCAUCCAAAAAAUAAAUAAAAACCUUAUGCUUCAUUCUUUGUUCAUUUCGUUACUUGUAAUUGGUUUUAUUUCUCCUGGAAAUUUGAAUUAUGUGGUGUCCAGGCAACUUUUUUCUCCAUUGUCAGUCAACGACAACAGGUCUUCUUUGGAGUGGUUUGUAAGAAGGGUACAAGAUAGAAUUUCUCUUUUCUCACUUAGGCGAUAUGUGGUGAAGAGUGCAAAUACGUCGAGGCACUCCAUCGAAUACUUGGAUAGAGAAGACAUGAUAGUAGCACAUAUGGUGGGUGGGGUUGAUGCUUUCAUAAAGUUGUCUCAAGGCUGGCCGUUCUUAAACUCAGCAUUGGAAUUAAUAUCACUCAAGAACUCGAGUCAGUCCUCAAAGGAAAUUUCUUUGAGCUUCCUUUGCAAGAUUGUGGAAGUGGCAAACUCGUUGAAUGCUAACUUGCGUCAGAACAUAUCGAGCUUUUUGGACAGUAUAGAAGAAAUACUGAUGCAACAAAUGCGCGAAGAGUUAGUGCCUCGAAGUGACUUUCUCAGUCAUGCUCAUUCAUCAUGCUACAAACUACUCUAGACUAGAUGGAUCUCCGCCUUUGCUAGUUAGUAUCUUCUAGUUGUUAUUACCGAAUAACUUUUGUUAAAUAAGCUUCAUAAUGAAAUUUGAAGAAGACAACCAAUUUACGUGUUUAGUUGUGUUGUUUGUUGAAGCAAUUUAUUUAAAAACCUAUGUCAUUUCGAGAGUUUACACAUGACAACCUUGAAACUGCAUUAUAGUUGCUUCAUUUCAUCUUAAAGAAACAGCCUUUUUA